ACAGGGUGGCACCCAUAAAACGUCCUGGAAGAGCACUAUGGCUGUGAUGUACUCCAUUCGAACCCUUCCCUCCAUGCGGUAUCGGGAACAGGCUGAAGAAGAUGGGGUGGAGGAUAUGACCCAGCUGGAGGAGCUCCAUGAAGGCACUGUGCUAUAUAACCUGAAGAAAAGGUUCAAUCGAGAAUUAAUUUAUACGUACAUUGGCAGUAUCCUAGUCUCUGUGAACCCCUAUAAGAUGUUUAAUAUCUAUGGGACCGACGUGGUGUUGCAGUAUGAGGGACGGGCACUGGGAGAGAAUCCACCACAUCUUUUUGCGAUUGCAAAUGUUUCUUACACGAAAAUGAUGGAUGCCAAACAGAACCAGUGCAUUAUUAUCAGUGGAGAAAGUGGAUCCGGCAAGACAGAAGCCACAAAGCUUGUCCUGCGAUACCUAGCAGCGAUUCAUCACAAACGAAACAUCACACAGCAGAUCCUUGAAGCAACUCCUCUUUUGGAAUCUUUUGGAAAUGCCAAAACUGUCAAGAAUGAUAAUUCAAGCAGGUUUGGGAAAUAUGUGGAAAUCUUUUUGGAAGAGGGUGUGAUCAGUGGUGCCAUAACCUCUCAGUAUCUACUUGAGAAGUCCAGGAUUGUAUUUCAGGCCAAAAAUGAGCGGAACUAUCACAUUUUUUACGAGAUGCUUGCGGGCCUUUCUGCCGAACAGAAACAGAGAUUCUACCUUCAGGAGGCAGAGACGUACUAUUACCUCAACCAGGGUGGCUACUGUGAAAUCCCUGGAAAGAGUGAUGGUGAGGACUUCCGGAGGCUCCUCAGCGCCAUGGAAAUUCUGAGCUUCAGUGUCGAAGACCAGAACAGCAUCUUCAGGGUCCUGUCUUCCAUCCUGCACCUGGGAAACGUGUACUUCGAAAAAUACGAGACAGAUUCCCAGGAGGUAGCAUCAGUGGUGAGUGCCCAGGAGAUCCGGGUGGUGGCGGAACUUCUCCAGAUCUCUCCAGAGGGGCUGCAGAAGUCCAUAACCUACAAAAUGAUGGAAACCAUGAGGGAGAAAAUAUUCACUCCUCUCACUGUGGAAAGUGCAGUUGAUGCCAGAGAUGCAAUUGCCAAGAUCCUGUACUCCCUUCUGUUCAGCUGGCUCACAGACAGGAUAAACAAGCUGGUUUACCCAAGGAAUGAAGCCCUCUCUAUUUCCAUUCUCGACAUUUAUGGAUUUGAGGACCUCUCCUUCAACAGCUUUGAGCAGCUGUGCAUCAAUUACGCAAACGAGUACCUGCAGUUCUUUUUCAAUAGGAUUGUGUUUAAGGAGGAGCAGGAUGAAUAUAUCAGGGAGCAGAUUGACUGGAAAGAGAUCGCUUUCAGUGACAAUCAGGCCUGCAUUGACCUCAUUUCCCAGAAGCCCUAUGGGGUCCUGCGAAUACUCGACGACCAGAGCUGUUUCCCUCAGGCAACAGACCACACCUUCCUUCAAAAGUGUCACUAUCACCAUGGUAACAACACCCUCUACUCAAGGCCAAAGAUGCCACUUCCUGAAUUCACCAUCAAGCACUUUGCUGGCAAAGUCACUUACCAGGUCCACAAGUUCCUAGACAAGAAUUACGAUCAGGUUCGCCAGGAAGUGCUGGAUCUCUUCACCCAGAGUAGAAACAAGAUGGUGGCAAACCUCUUUUCUAGCCACGCCCAGUUCCUCUCCCAGCAGAAGUCCCUCCUGAGGAAGAACAGCACAGUGACCAGGAGAUACCAGCCUCCCACAGUGGCAGCCAAAUUCCAGCUGUCCCUCCUGGAGCUGGUGGAGAAGAUGGACAGGUGUAACCCAUUUUUUGUACGCUGCUUAAAGCCAAAUAAUAAGAAGGAGCCUGGCUUAUUUGAGGUUGAAGUGGUUAGCACCCAGUUGCGCUACUCUGGAAUCUUAGAAACCAUUCGUAUCCGAAAGGAGGGCUUUCCUGUGAGAAUCCCUUUCCAAAUCUUCAUUAACAGAAAACGUUAUGUGAAAAUGAGAGCAAGCCUGAUCAAAUUCCGUUCCUUGAUCCACAUGUAUGUCAACCGCAAGAGAUACAUCAAGGAGCUCACAAGAAGAGAGGUCAUCAAUGUCACUCACCUGGUCAUCCCAGCGGAGCUGGGGGGGCUGCUGCAGGCUGUUGCAGCUGGUAAAGAACUGCACUCUGGUUGCCUGGCCCUGGUCCAAGCCCCAAAGAUACCAACUGAGACCCAACUCACUCUGCCCCUAGACAUCAACAACUACCCCAUCUCCAAAUACAUUCAAGUCCAUUUCCAGGAACCUCAGUUUGGAAUGCUGACAGCUCCCCUGGAUCACCCCCUAACCCACGUUGAAGAGGAGUUGAGACAGGAGGCUCUGAAUGUCUUUAUAAUGGUUUUGCGGUUCAUGGGGGACCCGCAUCUUAACGGGGCCCAGGAGAACCUCUUUGGGAACUACAUCCUCCAGAAGGGCCUGUCCAUGCCUGAGCUGAGGGAUGAGAUCCUUUCCCAGAUCGCCAAUCAGGUCUGGAAGAACAGCAACACCGUCAAUGCUGAGCGGGGCUGGCUCCUGCUGUCGGCCUGCCUGAGUGCGUUCGCACCUUCGUCAAAGCUGGAGAAGUACCUCCUGAAGUAUGUCUCAGACUAUGCCUACAAUGGCUACAAAGCUGUUUGCCAGCAUAGGCUCAUCCAGGCCAUGCAGAAGUCCCAGUAUGGCCCAGAGACAGCCAGAACCUACCCGCUUUCUCUACUGGAGUGGACAGCCAAUAGGAAACGUGCAAGCAUGGUACUGCAAGUGCAUUGCUUGGAUGGCGAAUCCUUCCUGUGUCCUGUUCACUCCUGGACCACUGGAGAGGAGCUGGCAGGAGACGUGUUGCGCCACAGGGGUGUGACAGAGGGCUGGAGGGGCUGCUCCAUUUCCAUGAAGGACCAGAGCCAGUGGGUGGAGCUGGCAGGACACGAUUACGUGAUGGAUCUCAUCUCCGACCUGGAGUUGAUCCCAGACUUCCCCAAGCAGAAAUCCUACUUCCUCAUCUCCUCCGAAGGUCCAGCCAGAGUCAGGCCCAAUGCCAAUGUCAGCGUGUUUGGGAAUGGAUUUGAAUCUGACGAGGACAGCCCUGUCCCUCAUGCCACGCGGUCCCCGGGCCUGCCAGCUUCCAGCCUGCCCGACUCCGAUGGGUAUCACAGCCACGUUGUGUCAACCAGGAUGAAGGGGGGAGGCAAGACUGGGGGAGGGGGCGGUGACAGAGAGCCGAGAGGGGCCAGCGAUCGCCCUGCCUCCGGACAGCAGCCCGUGGUGCCAGUGAUGUCAGCAGUGGGAGAGGUGAUGCCAGGAAUGCAGUCAAUGCCUAUGAUGCCAACAAUACCCAAUGUGCCAGGUUUGGACCAGUCGCUGUUGGCUCAGCAACAAGCCUUCAUCAAUCAGCAAGCAUUCCUCCUGGCCCAGCAGAUGACAAUGCAGGCCAUGGCUCUCCAGCAGCAGAUGAGCAGUGCCGCUAGUCCGGUCACCAGCACAGCGACCAGCCCCAUCUCCAGUCACCCCUCCAGCCCAGUGUUCCAGCCACGUUCUGGUGCCAGCAUCGCCCCCCUGCCCCGGGCUUCUGUGCCUACUCCGAGCAAACCACCACGAAGCAGCCAUACCCAUAAGCCAAUUCCUGCCCCGGCUAUGAAGAGGGAAAGGCCUGCCUAUCAGAAAUCAGCAGCUCCUGCCUCGUCCCAAACCCAUGGGGUCCCCGCAGAGGAGCUGGUGCGGUACACUAUAACCAACUCGGAGCACCUGGAACCCAGCCACAACAUCAAAGACAUCAUCAGACAGUAUCAGUACCCCAGUCCAGCCAGGAGCACAGAGCCAGCCAGGAGGGAAGGUGGGAAAGUGUUUACGAAGAAGAAAGACCCACAUGAUGAGGCCUUAAUGAUCUUAAAAGGACAACUGACUUCUUACACCCCUCAGAAAAGUUCUGUUCCUGCUGCCCCCUAUGGUACCAAGGAGAAGGGAUACCAGGAGGGCACUGCCAACAUGAAGCCAGCCGGUAGCACCAAAGCGAUGAGAGCUGCACCUCCGAUGCCAGCGGGGUCCUUCCGGAGCCCCAGAGCCCCAGUGGUUUUCCGGGAGCUGCCAGUGGAGGCUGAGAAAAUCCAAACGCAGUUACACAGGAUGAGCAGUGACGAGCACUUCACCUAUACCAACGUGUCCUGGAAGAUCUACGUCCGGAAGGAGGUUUUUUACCCCAAGGAUAGCAUAAACAAUCCAUUAGUGUUGGAUCUCAUAUUUACACAGAUUGUCAGUGACACCUUUUCAGAUGCAUGCAUUCGAAUUACAAAGGAGGAGAGACUGAAGAUGAAGGCAUUGUUUGCGGAGGAAGGGGUUGAGCCUGGAUCAGUGGUGAAGGACGAGAGUGUGAAGAAGAGAAUCGUCACCAUGGCCAGAGACUCCUGGGAAAUCUACUUCUCACGCCUCUUCCCAGCCACCGGCAGCGUUGGCACGGGUGUUCAGAUACUGUCGGUUUCACACAGCGGGAUCAAGCUGCUGAAGAUGAUGAAGAGCAGUGCCUCUGCCCCAGAGCACUUCAGAGUCCUGAGGGCCUACAGCUAUACUGACAUCAUGUUUGUCACAAUCCCGUCAAAGAACAUGCUGGAGUUCAACCUGACGAACGAAAAGUUGAUUCUCUUUUCAUCCAAAGCUCUUCAGGUCAAAUCUAUGAUUGACUACUUCAUCAAAGAGCUGAAGAAGGAUUCUGACUAUGUGGUUGCCGUGAGAAAUUACGUUACAGAUGACCGGACUCUGCUGAGCUUCCAUAAGGGUGACAUCAUCCGUUUGCAGCCAAUGGAAGGUCUGGAGGCAGGCCACUUCUAUGGCUGCAUCGUGAGAAAGAAGGUGAUGAACUUGGAGGAGUUAAAGAAAGGCACACCUGACUUUGGCUGGAAGUUUGGAGCGAUCCACGGCAGGUCGGGGAUAUUCCCGGCGGAGUACGUCCAGCCGGUGGCCGCCCCCGACUUCAUCAACCUGCCCGUGGACAAGAAGGAGGAGCCCAAGGACAAGCAGGGCCGGGUGGCGGCCUCGGCAGCCGUGGCCGUAGCCGUGGCGUCCGCAGCCGCCGCCCACGAGCUGGACCGCAGCAUCGAGCUGUCUCCUGCCAGCAGCGAGUAUGCUGAGGCCCAAGGGGAAUACGCAGCUGUGGAGAUCGAUGAGCGAAUACUGCAGGACAGUCAAUACACCAUGGUCGAGUUUGCCAAGAAGUACUUCAGGGAAGCCCAGAGGAAAAAGAGAGAAUCCUACAAACAGAAGUCAAAGAAAGGCAAAGAUUCCAGAGACCCUGCUGAAAUGGUGAAAUACACUAAGUCUCCGAUUCAAGAGUCUUUAAUAGACUUCAGUGACGAAGGCAUGAACAAAGUUGCUGCAGAGGUUUUCCUGGCUGUGAUGAAGUUCAUGGGCGAUUACCCUCUGAAAGGUCAAACCGAGCAGGAUGUUGUCUGCACCAUUCUGAAGCUCUGUGGAGAGUACGGGCUUUUGAAGGAUGAGGCUUACUGCCAGGUCAUCAAGCAGGUCACCUCCAACACCAGCUCCAAAACGGACAGCUGCCAGAGGGGGUGGAGGCUGCUGUACAUUCUCACUGCCUACAACCGCUGCUCGGAGGUGCUGAAGCACUACCUGCUAAAGUUCCUGCAGGACGUCUGCAGGAGCCCGGGGCUGCAUUUCCAAGGAAUUGCUAAAGCUUGUGAACAAAACCUAAGGAAGACGUUCCAGUUUGGAGGCCGGAGCCAGUUUCCCAGUGGCAUGGAGCUUAAGGCCAUGGUGGCUGGGAGAAGCUCCAAGAGGCAGUUGUUUCUACUUCCUGGAGGAAUCGAGCGACACCUGAAGAUCAAAACGUGCUCAAUCUCCCUUGACGUCGUCGAGGAGCUCUGCUAUGAAAUGGGCUUGCACAGGCCAGAGGCCAUGGAUGAGUACGCCAUCUUUGUUGUCACGAACAGGGGCCAGAACGUCCGUCCGCUGAACAAGAAGGAGUACAUCUUGGAUAUCGCCACAGAGGCGGAGCAGAUUGACAGCAACUACACCUUCUGGUUCAGGAGGGUGAUCUGGUGCCAGCCGCUGAAAUUUGACAAUGAGCUCUGCGUCACCAUGCACUACAACCAGGUCCUCCCAGACUAUCUGAAGGCUUUGCUCAAUGUUGUGCCUCAGGGGAAAGUCAGCGAGCAGCAGCUGCAACAGGUGUCCAAGCUGGCGGCCCUGCAGCACCGUGCCAAGGACAGCAUCUACCUGCCCACUGUCCGGGAGGUCCAGGACUACGUCCCAGCUCAGCUGUAUGGGCAGCAGCGGCCGCAGCCCUGGCUCAACAUGGUGACCCAGCACAUGCAGCAGGUCCAGGCCUUGAGCCCCCACCAGGCCAGGGCGCAGUUCCUUGGGCUGGUGAGCGCCUUCCCGAUGUUUGGCUCCACCUUCUUCUACAUCCAGAGCAGCAGCAACAGCUCCAUCGUCGCUCCCUGCAUCCUGGCCGUCAACCAGAAUGGGCUCAACUUCAUCAACAAGGACACUCAUGAGCUGCUGAUGAAGUUCCCCCUGAAGGAAGUGCAGUCCACUCGUACACAGAGGCCCACAUCCGGCUCCAGCUUCCCCUAUGUGGAGAUCAUGCUGGGAGAUCUGAUGUCGCAGCGCAUCACCCAGCUGCAGCUUGAGCAGGGACUGGAGUUGUGUCGCGUCAUUGCCAUGCACAUGGAGAAUCUCCUGUCGGCCCGGGAGAAACGGCUGACUCUGCCCCCCAGCGAAAUCACUCUCCUCUGACCCAGCAACCCCCUUCCUGAUUUAGAAUGCACAUGGGUUUUACAUCAUGCAUCAUCAGACAAAAAUGCUGGAUUUCAGCUACCUCUGUUUUCUUAAACUGCUUUUAAGUGUUUAAAACAAGUUAUCUAUUAAUUUCACUAUUUAUCUGAGUAAUCAUUUAUUUUUACUGCAAAGGA